CGCUUCCGGUCGGCGGAGCCUGGCGGCCGGAGCGGCGGUGGCGGUUGAGACGCGGGGAUGGCGGGCGCCGGGAGCGAAGCCCGGUUCGCUGGGCUGUCGCUGGUGCAGCUCAACGAGCUGCUGGAGGACGAGGGGCAGCUGACGGAGAUGGUGCAGAAGAUGGAGGAGACGCAGAAUGUUCAGCUCAACAAAGAAAUGACACUCGCCAGCAACCGGAGCCUGGCAGAAGGAAACCUUCUGUACCAGCCCCAACUGGACGCCCUGAAAGCACGUUUGACCCAAAAAUACCAGGAACUCCAGGUUCUCUUUGAAGCCUAUCAGAUAAAGAAGACCAAAUUAGACAGGCAGUCUAGCAGCGCUUCCUUGGAGACCCUGCUGGCACUCCUGCAGGCAGAAGGGGCCAAGAUUGAGGAAGACACCGAGAACAUGGCAGAGAGGUUUCUUGAUGGAGAGCUUCCUCUGGACUCCUUCAUCGAUGUCUAUCAGAGCCAGCGGAAACUGGCCCACACUCGGAGAGUUAAAAUCGAGAAGCUCCAGGAGCUGGUGCUGAAGGGGCAGAGACUUCCACAGGCCUCUGUGCCGGCCCCACUGCUGCCCAGGGUGCCCGAGCCGGUGCCCGCUGCCCCCCUGCCCUACCCUACCUCGGAGGCCGGUGGGCCUCCCUCCAUGCUACCUCGGCGCAUCCCCCCGCCACCACCCCCGGUGCCUGCAGGACGCUUGGCCACGCCAUUUACUGCCGCCAUGGGCUCAGGACAGGCCCUCCCGUACCCAGGGUCACAGUGCCCUCCCCUGCCCCCCCGCAUGGGCCUGCCCCCCCAGCAAGGAUUUGCCGCACAGUUCGUGUCUCCGUACCCGCCCGCUCUCCCCCAAAGGCCCCCACCCCGGCUGCCUCCACACCAGCCAGGCUUCAUCCUCCAGUGAGCCUCCCCCGUCCUUCCUGGGAGGCUGCACCUGCCGGCCGGGGCUCUGCACACACAGGCUGCGAGGACCAGGGGGCCGAUGCCCUGGGCCAGCAUGUCCAUUUGAUUUUAGAACUGUAGGUCAGCGGUAAGUAGCCGUAGGACCCCGGUUUUGUACCCAGGAGGUUGUGUGUGCAAGGCCUCAGCCUGGCAUCCCCACGGUCGC